AGGCUUCUCCAUCAGCUUGGAUGAAUAAAGUUUUGAAGCCCUUGGAGCCUUCUGCAGAUGUGUCUACAGGGAGGACUUCUCCAGCUCCUACCUUGGAUGCUGCACUCAAGCCCAGCUCCCAUCACAGUGGUACUCCAGCAGGGAAAAUCCAAGAUACAACAGAUAAGAUGUCCCUGGAACCAUCCAAACAGAUGAGGCAAGAGCUGAAGGAACCCCUGCAGACAAGACAAGUGAUGGACCAAAAGGCUGUUCAGGAGGAGGAACACUCAGGGAGAAGCAGUGGCUCAUUGGCAGCCCCUGCAGCAGAAAGGAAGGCGAUGCCAGACACGGGCACAGGCACAGCAGAUGCAGCCAGUACCACAAGUCCAGUUCCCAAUGCCCUGGAUGGCCUCGGAAGGGGUUUCUGUCAGGGAACAGGCUGCUGGCUAAGGUUACUGGAAGGCGUCCUUUGUUUGGAGCUUGUCUUCAUGUUGUGCUGCUUAGGAAUCGGGUAUUCCUGGAAGACAAAACAGAACACCUCAGGACAGAAGUUGGAAGACGGUGGCUGCACCUCACACCCAGACAGCGUGAGCAGCUCCUCCAGCAGCAGUAAGGGCCUGGACAGCCCUCUCAAGUCUUCUGUGAAGAGGACCCCAGAACAACCGUGUACACAGAAGCCUCUUAUUGCCCCGUAGAUCCCACUGCCACCUGCUCUCCUCAUGGGCCUCCCCAAGCUGCCUUCAUCUUUUUUUUUUCUCUCCGUCUGUCCCAUCCCAACCAACCCGAGUUCCUCUAGGGACCCCAGGACCAGCCCAGCACCUUCCAGCACCUCCUGAGACCAACACAUCCCUUCCUCUGCCCCUGAGCCCCCUGGCCUGGCCCUCUAGGCAACACUGAA